ACUCAACCUCCACUUCUACUACUUCCACUACAUACUACAUACUAUUACUGCUGCGUAUUGAUUGUUUAGCACUUUCUCUCUGUCAAUUGCAUUCCACCUCCGCUUCCAAACGUCUUACCACGCUGCAUUCCAAUCUCCCAUCGUUUGACAACCGUACCUUACACAAGACACACCAUCUAGCGGCUUCCCGUCGCAAUGGACACUCCACCGCGCAAUGCGCUGCCGUCCUACGGCGGUCCUCCAGCGUAUCACAACGACGAAUAUGAUGAUUCUCGUCCUAGCUAUUCCCAUGAGCGGUCGACAAUGCGCUUGUUGACCAAUGCAGAAGAAACCCAGAGUUACAUACCGAAGAAACCUCUCUCUGAGACUACUUCUCUUCUCUCCGGCGUGGAAAGCACAACGGCAACGUUGGGCGAUCGGCACAAAGGACGAGCGACGGGAGAGCAGCAAGCUGCUGAAGCGGCCAUUGUCGACUUGUUGAGAGACGCUGGCGACGCUCUCGACCGAGAUGCCCCUUCAACAACAGGCUCUCCGAAGCGCAAGUCGGUGAAGUCGCGCAUGACGAGCCACCUGUCUCCGUCCAAGAAGGACCCUCAACCAGGCCCAGGCUUACCAGUAAACCAACAUCACAGACCACAAUCUCCUUCGCCAGUCAUGCGAACAUACCACCCUUCCACCUCCUCGAUCUCAAGGACUCCAUCGGUGCUUGACACAGCGCCAAACAUGCGUCCUCCCGCAGAAGACUCCCCUUCAUACAUGCCCUACCGACGAGCCCAUUCUCCAGAUCGCUCCUCGCCAACUCGACCGUACUCGCCAACCCGCACAUCUGUCGACUACUCGAGACCCCCUGCUUCGAGUGUAUCUUACGAGCCAGCAGACCUGAAUGGAAGUCCGCGACCGGGUACUCCUUCGUCUCGGUAUGGAGGAGGGCGACCAGGCAGUCCUAUACGGCCUCUCCCACCCGCACCACUGUUCUCUGCUGGCAGACCAGUCUCGAGGGAUUCCAAUGCGACUGUCGACAUGUCCCAGGUCCCACUGAACGACGAUGACGUGUUCACUGAUAUUGGGGACGAUCGGCCCACGAUGAGCUCUCGCGAUUCUUACAUGACCGAAGACACCUUCACAGAAGAGUACACAACAACAGACGAGAAGAAUGAACACUUGGGACCAGCUCCAGAUGGUGCGCAAGCCCGUCGUGGAGCGCGACAAGCCGUCAUGUCGAAGAGGGAAGUCCGUUUGAUCAACGGAGAGCUCAUCCUUGAGUGCAAGAUUCCUACCAUCCUCCACAGUUUUCUACCGCGACGCGACAGCAACGAAUUUACACACAUGCGAUACACUGCCGUGACGUGUGAUCCCGACGACUUUGUCGAUAGCGGGUACAAGCUGCGCCAGAACCUCAACAACCCCCGUGAAACAGAGCUGUUCAUCUGCAUUACGAUGUACAACGAGAACGAGAUCGACUUUACAAGGACAAUGCAUGGCGUCAUGCGUAACAUCAGUCAUUUCUGCUCUCGUGCGAAGUCUCGUACGUGGGGUAAGGAUGGCUGGCAGAAGAUCGUUGUCUGUGUCAUUUCCGACGGCCGCCAAAAGGUACACCCAAGGACUUUGGAUGCUUUGGCGGCUAUGGGCUUAUACCAGGACGGAAUCGCGAAGAACCAUGUCAAUCAACGUGAAGUCACUGCUCACUUGUACGAGUAUACCACUCAGGUGUCUUUGGAUUCGGAUCUCAAGUUCAAGGGCGCGGAGAAGGGAAUCGUGCCAGUCCAGAUGAUGUUCUGCUUGAAGGAACGCAAUCAGAAAAAGUUGAACUCGCAUCGUUGGUUCUUCAAUGCUUUUGGACGCGCAUUGAACCCCAAUGUUUGCAUUCUGCUAGAUGUUGGAACGAAACCCGGUCCUAAGGCGCUCUACCAUCUCUGGAAGGCUUUUGACACCGAUUCCUCCGUGGCGGGUGCCGCAGGAGAGAUCAAGGCUGGUAAGGGCAAGGGCUGGCUCGGACUGCUCAAUCCACUUGUUGCAUCCCAAAAUUUUGAGUACAAGAUGUCCAAUAUCCUCGACAAGCCACUUGAGUCGGUUUUUGGAUACAUUACUGUCCUUCCUGGUGCUCUUUCAGCCUACCGAUACCACGCCCUCCAAAAUGACCACACGGGACAUGGUCCUCUGAGUCAAUACUUCAAGGGUGAGACACUUCACGGCCAGGAUGCUGAUGUUUUCACCGCAAAUAUGUACCUUGCUGAGGAUCGUAUUUUGUGCUGGGAGCUCGUGGCAAAGCGAAGUGAACAAUGGGUCUUGAAAUAUGUGAAGGCUGCGGCUGGUGAAACCGAUGUGCCAGAUAACGUACCUGAGUUCAUCUCCCAACGUCGUCGUUGGCUGAACGGUGCCUUUUUUGCUGCUGUUUACUCACUCCUACACUUCAAGCAAGUUUGGGCGACUGACCACUCUAUCUGGCGCAAGACCCUCCUUCACAUCGAGUUCAUCUACCAAUUCGUCUCCCUCAUGUUCACCUUCUUCUCUCUGGCAAACUUCUACUUGACCUUCUACUUCAUCGCUGGCUCCCUUGCGGAUCCGAAGCUCGAUCCAUUUGGACACAAUAUCGGCAAAUAUGUGUUUUACAUCCUACGGUAUACCUGCGUCCUGCUCAUCUGCAUGCAGUUUAUCUUGAGUAUGGGAAAUCGACCUCAGGGCGCAAAGAAGAUGUUCUUGAGCAGUAUGACUGCCUACUGCGUCAUUAUGGCUUACACAACUUUCGCUUCAAUCUACAUUGUCGUCGUCCAGCUGAAGGAUCCAAAAGCCGAGAAAAAACUGGGUAACAAUGUAUUCACGAACCUGAUCGUCUCUACGGCAACCACUAUCGGCCUUUACUUCCUCAUGUCGUUCUUGUACAUGGAUCCCUGGCACAUGUUCACUUCUUCCGCACAGUACUUUGCAUUGUUGCCAUCCUACAUUUGCACCCUCCAAGUGUACGCUUUCUGCAAUACCCACGACAUCACAUGGGGUACAAAGGGAGACAACGUGGCAAAGACCGAUCUUGGUGACGCCAAAAUCAAGUCUGGGAACGUCGUUGAGCUGGAAAUGCCUUCGGAACAACUUGAUAUUGAUUCCGGCUACGACGAGGCUCUCCGGAAUCUUCGUGAUCGCAUCGAAGUUCCUGCCCCAGCCAUCUCGGAGUCCCAACAACAAGAGGAUUACUACCGCGCCGUGCGUACUUACAUGGUCGUCGUAUGGCUCAUCUCCAAUGCUAUUCUUGCAAUGUCAGUCAGUGAGGCCUACUCUGGCAGCGCGGUCAGCUCCAACUUCUAUCUCAAGUUUAUCCUCUGGGCUGUCGCUGGACUUGCUUUCUUCCGUGCUAUCGGCUCGACCUCCUUCCUGAUUAUCAACUGUAUCCACUGGGCCAUGGAAGCGAAGCUCAAAUGGGGCGACAAGAGGGAUGGCGACAGCAGUGUUGGAGGAAGCACUAGGACCGGCCUCGGCGGCGGCCGUGGAAGGAAGUUCGGAAGGUGGCGCUUCGGCGGUGGCAUCGGCGGCUGGUGGAGCGGCUCGCGGAUCAGCAGCAAGGUCAGCAGCUGGACGCCGAGCAGUUGGAGCGGAAGCAGCAUUGGACGGAGGUGAAGGCUUUACGUACGCCUUUACCUUCUUCGUGCUUUUCCAACACUCAUGUCACGACACGAACUUACGAACCCACGGCGUAAUAUUCUGGUUUUCUUUCGAUGCCCCCCUUCCUAGGGAACUUGGCCCAAGUAGGGAUUUGGAUGGCCCACGUGCCUCACAUGAUGAUACCUUGAGCGUUUGCUUUUCCUGUGCUAUGUAUAUCUGUCUCCCUGGACAAUGUCAGAACGACGAACAAAGCAAACAUUGUAAUUUUGUACAUGAGAAUUGAUUGGUUGGGGGAAAGCGGCAGAGGUCCCCAUGUAUGAAUCGAACGCGGAGGUUCUUUUUUCUGGUUAGGUUCGACAUGCAUAGCAUACUACAGUAAGUAGUAAGUAGUUCACAAAUAUGGGUAAUUCAAAAUGGG